AUGGUCAUCUCUGGCUUGAUCCGCCCGUACGUCAGCGUGGCCUUCGCAAGUUUCCAACCCCGCAUUCUUCAUGACGCCCAAGUCCGAAUUCUCGGCUACGGCCUCGUAAAGCACGUCCGACCCGACCAGACCCCAUCCCUGACGCCUCUCACGCUGCUAGUCACCUCGGGCGUCUCUGUGGAUGGACAAUACUCGGCCUGGAAGGUCGCGGUGAGUGAUCUCAGAUUACUCUUCGACAAGGCCAAUCGCGAGGACAUUACGGUUGAGAUUACAGACAUCAGAACAGCAGACGGAGUACCCUCAGCGCCGCUCACAGAUUGCGCGCCAGAGCUUGUCGCAGCAUGGGAGUGCUAUCGGCCAGCUCUCCUUGAAGAUAUCCAGGAACAACAGUGGCUCACCGCCGACAUCGUCCUCCGUGAAAUCGGAGAAUUGCAUCCCAUACGCGCCCCUACUCUCCUCAUCACCGCACAAGAUGCCGACUCAGCCAUAUGGUGGGACAAAAUCCUACCUCAUAUACGUCAACUACUCCCCCAGAUAAUGGAGGUCGAUCUUCUUUACGCACCACACUUGGCCAUGCAGACAUCGAGAGACGAGGAAGCAGUAGAGGAACCUAUUGGCGUAGAGCAGCCGGACAACAGCGGAACAGUGGGCACUGUCAUCGUACUCAAGGAUGCGGCGGGCAAUGAGACAAAUUGCGCCCUGAUCAAUCACCACGUCGUUGCGACACACGAUCCAAAGAGUGUCAUCAACAGCGCUAUAUCUGUCGGGGAGUACCUAGGUGUGAACCGUGACAUCUCGCAGUCAGGUCUAGUCAAGAUUAAAGCCCCGUCCAACCCAGACCACAUGAGGUUCCUCAGAUGGAAAAAGAUGGAGAAAGUCGACCAUGACCAAGUUCUCGCAGGUCUCGAUAAUCCAUACCACCCUGGAAACGCUCGGGCGCAAAGCAGGGUUGCGGCGACUAACAGAGACUCCCAAGUCCUAGACGCCGACCCGAAUCGGCUUCUGAGUACGGUGAUCGCAUCGUCGGGCUAUCGUGCGCGUGAGAACGACGACUACACCCCCGCUGAAGUACAAACACUCUCCACUGUGGAUAACGUGCUGGACGAUGCCUUCAAGAGGAAGGACGGUACAUUCCCCCCGAGCCUGGCCGACCAGAUUGCUGGUCGCACCCUGAAAUUCGCGCUCGACUGGGCACUGAUCAAGGUCGCCACAGGCCGGACAAUGAGCGACCGUGUUCCCAUUGGUGGCGCAGGCAUCAAAGUGCCCCAAGGAAAAGGCUGA